AUGAACAGCGACAGUGAGAGCGAUGGCGAGCAGCUAAUGCUGUCGGGCGCGGCGCUGGCGGCGCUGCAGGAGUUCGCCAUCGAGCGCGGCAUCGCCGUGGAGGGCGAUUCGGUGGACGUGCGCAAGGACAUCCAGAAGGCGCUGGACGUCGAGCCCCGGGAGGACUCGUUCGAGUUCAAGUUCGGCCAGACGCAGGAUGGCGCCGACGCCGAGAUCACCAUCCGCCUCAACGGCCUGCGCCGCGACAUCGGCCAGACGCUGCAGUCCACGGGCCUCACGCUCUGGCGCGCCGGCGACUUCCUCAGCGACUUCAUGUACCAGAACCGCGGCCGCUUCGCCGGCAAAUCGGUCAUCGAGCUGGGCAGCGGGCUCGGACUCAUCGGCAUCUUGGCGUCCUACCUCACGGACGAGCAGGUGCUAAUCACGGACGGAGACGACGACACCAUCGAGCUGCUGGUCGCCAACUGUAAGCUCAACGAGGUGGAGGACCGCGUGCAGUGCCAGAAGCUGCUGUGGGGCGUCGACCUGGACAAGAUCCAGGACAAGUUCGAUAUCAUUCUGGGCGCCGACAUCAUCUACGAGCAGGAGCAUGUCGUGUCGCUCUUCGAGACGGCCAAGUACCUGCUCAAGCCCGGUCGACGCAGCGGGGAGGACGGAGGCAAGGCCGCGUCCGAGUUCUUGCUGGCGUACACGAAGCGCAACGUGUCCAUUGACUACGUCUUGAACACUGCCAAGAGCUUUGGCUUCGAGUGGGAAGAGCCUACCAACGACGAAGGGAUCUACACCUAUAGAUUAGUGUAA